AAAACGGUCAGUCGGCGUCUGUGGCGAGCGCGCGCGGACGUACACAUGGCAACGCGGGGGCGCGCGAUGGCUCUGGCUUUGUUUUCAUUCAUUUUCCUGCAGGUUUUCCCUUCGUCUUUACAGCGAGCUGCUGCGCUCGUGGAGAAGAGUUCAGAUGACCCCACGUCCCAAGACAGCACAGUAAGAGAAAAUGGAGUGGCUGGCGAGAGCCAGAGCGGCUCAUACGGGGACAGCCCGUUGUUUACGGCGGAGAAGCUGCUCAGACAGGCGCUGCAGCCUCAUGAAUGGUGGCCACAGUCUCCUCCUCGGAGUCGGCGAAAGCUGCUGCAGUCGGCAGGAAUUAUGCCCUACUCUCCUCUGAAUGUAGCUUACAACGGCAAAACCUGCAUUCUCUUCAGGGCCAGGAAGCUGGCCAUCAGGUUCAGGAACCACACGUUAGUGGACCUGACGGAGAGGACCUUCGGACCCGAGGCUCUGGUGGAUACUAAAGGCUCGUCCUGCAGUAAAGAUAAAGCUACACUCAAUCUACGAUUUGGAGAUGUGGAGGACAUCAGAGGACUCUCCAUUCGACUGCAGAUGUCCAACACUUUCUAUGAGUCAGCAGGUCAGAACUGGUUCACUCUGGACAGCGUUCACAUCCACUACAACUGGACACACGAGGCCACGUUCAACGCCACUGACGUUUACGCUCCGUCCACCAACUCCUACCACUGCCAGCACGUUAGCAGCCUGCAGAAAUACGACACACUGCUGGUGCCCAGCGCCAUCACCGACAACUCCGCCAACUGGCAUAUAACCUUCACAGACUUCCAGAUCCAAGCUUUUAACGUCCAGUCCAGCAAGUUCGCCUCAGCCAGCGACUGCGCCACGUUCUUCACCCCGGCCAUCCUCAUGGGCCUCAUCACCUCCCUCAUCCUGCUGCUGGUGCUGGCCUACGCCCUGCACAUGGUGGUGCACCUCAAGCACAUCGACCGUUACGAAGAGCACAAGACCACCGUCUACUUCCCCCGCAACACGGAGGUGGAAUGCACAGAGAAGAACAACCUGUAGACCUCCAGGAUCCCCCCCCGAGGACCUCCAAGAGACAGACAGAGGACAGUUUUGGACGUGAAGCCUGUGCGGUGAAAGCCGACAACAGGCUAAAAGCACUUCCUCCAGAGCUUUUCGGCUCUGACUGCGCUACUACACUCGCGGGACUGUAGUGGGACAGUGAGAGUCCAAAGCUGAUUCCUGUGGGAUUUUUAAAGCUCCGCUGCAUCACGGUGGAUUCGGAGAUGCCGAGAUUCAUACUGUAUCCGCCAGGGAUCAAAAGAGGCAUCGUACUGAAGGACACCUGCGGAUGUUUGUUGUGAAUGAAAUUCAGAUUAGCACAAUUAUCCAGUGUACCUUGAAUUUGCAUUGUCUGUUUUAGCGUAUAACCUUCUGGCGAGGACCAGGUUCAUUUAGAUGUGGACGCUUUAUUACACUUUAUUACAGACUGUGUAUAAACCAUUAUGACGGAAUUCAGCUACCGUAAAUUGUACAUUAUGACUUCUUUUCAUGUGUUAGACACUGAAAAUACGAAAGUAUAAUACUGGUAGUGAAAUACUGGGAAUACUAUGCCUAAAUCUUUUUUUUUUCCUUUUUUUAUUUAAAGAAAAUGUCCUAUAUGUGAAACUAAACAUAGAGCCGAUAUAUCAGUGAUAUAUACAUUAAGUAAUGGUUUCUAUGCAGUGUGUAACAGGACCCAAAGUGUCGCCAAAUACCAAAUCUUCCCCUCCAGGGUUUGCAGAAGAUUCACUCGUCAGAAUAUUGAAUUUUACUCUUCAGAGGAAGGAAUUCACUCUCUUCGUUGCCACAAAAGGUUCUUUGGUGGGCUCAUAGAGGACAAAUCACGUCUAAAGACUUUAAGAAUUUCUUAAUAUUUAGCAUGGGAAACAUUAUAGUAUGGAAGGUUGAGUAAUAGCCCUUAUCCUGGUAUAAAAACUCUACAUUAUGUACAAAUUGUGUUCUUUUUUAGAAAGAUUUUUGUCUGCAUUUUUAAAAUAUCUUUGUCCAUACGAGCAGAAUCCACACAAUUGCAAUACAAUUCAAAAAUGCCGAAAUCGAGGCUUUGAGUGGUCCAGCGGACUAAAGCGCUGCCACAAUGGUCGGGAGAUCGCUGGUUCGAAUCCCGGUCAUGCAGCUUGCCAUCAGGUGCCAGAGCCCCAAGAGAGCACAAUUGUUACUUUAUUUCAGUAAAAUGUGCAAAUGUGAAAUUAAAUAGAUGUAUUACACAUGAUCUUUUUUUUUUUCUUUUAUUGUUUAUGAUAAUGGCUUACAGCCAAUGAAAACCCAAAAAUCAGUGUCUCAGAAAAUUAGAAUAUUAUAUAAGACCAAUUGGUACUUUUGGCAGUGUGGGCAGUGUGCCAAAUCCUGCUGGAAAAUGAAAUCCACAUCUCCAUAAAAGUUGUCAGCAGAAGGGAAGCAUUUCCUGGAAAAUACUGCACUGACUUUGGACUUCAUAUAUAUGGAUUUCCUUUUCCAUCCUCCAGGAAGAGCGUUUGGGAACAACUGAACUAUUAAUGUAAAGUGAAGAAUCUAACUGAUGGCUCAAAGAACCCUUUGUGGCACCUGGUGUGUGUUUUUUUAGGAGUGUAGGUCGUAUUCUUCACCGGGAGGUGUGUUUUUAAAUACUUGUGUUAUUGGGUUUUUGUGUAAACUGUGUGUUUACUCUGGUUUUGUAAUUUCUUAUUUAUUAAUUAAUUUAUUUUUUAUUCUUAUGCUUUAAGCUGAGCCUUUGCCGAUGAGGUGGAGAUGAGCCUCUUAUUUUAACUCGUUGGAUUUUAUCUUCAACCAUUGAAGCACAAUGGAAAGCGACAUCAGGUUGUAACAUAUAGCAUGCCUGUGGCUACAACCAUCUCAACCCCACGGUCUGGUGGUUAGCAUUGUAUAAUAUAUCCUGAUAAUAACCAUUAUAUUCUAAACGAGGGGGAAAAACAUACUUUUUUCAUUUACACAUGUAUGAAAUGGGCGAUGGCGUGUUGAUGUGAAAUUACUCUCGUCCCCUCAAUUUCUGUUGAGUUCAAUAAAACCAGCAGUGCAUUCAGGUGAACGGUCAGGUCUGCGUCUGAGUGUUAUUGAGACUGGGCAGUUAUUGACUCUGUGUGUGUAACCUAUGUUUAAUAUAGAUGCACCAAAAUCAACAUUUUUGUCCAAAACCGAACAAACAUUUGGAUGAAAAUAAAAAGAAAUACAGAA